UGGCGGCACCACGUGUGGUGUGAGGUCGGAGCCGGAAGCGCUGGCGGAAGCGCGCUGCUGCGGCCUUGGUGCCAGGCUGCUGCUGAGUCCCGCGGGCGGGGUCGGCCGCCGGAGCCUGGGCCCGAGACCCGGCAGCGCCAGGCUCGUCCCGCGGCAGCCACAGGCAUUCACCGCAAUGAGCCGGCCUCCCCUGCAAAUCCAGACGUGUGGUCCCUGGGAGAUGAAGGAAAGGCUUGGGACAGGGGGAUUUGGAAAUGUCCUCAGGUGGCACAACAAGGAAACAGGGGAACAGAUUGCUAUUAAACAAUGUCGUCAGGAGCUAAGUCUCCGAAAUCGGGAGAGAUGGUGUCUGGAAAUACAGAUAAUGAAAAGACUGAAUCAUCCCAAUGUGGUGGCUGCCCGCGAAGUCCCUGAAGGGAUGCAGAACCUUGCCCCCACUGACUUGCCUCUGUUGGCCAUGGAAUACUGCCAGGGUGGAGACCUUCGCAAGUACUUGAACCAGUUUGAGAACUGCUGUGGCUUACGGGAGGGAGCCAUUCUCAUCCUGCUCUCUGAUAUCGCCUCUGCUCUCAGGUACCUUCAUGAGAACAGGAUCAUCCACAGAGACCUGAAACCUGAGAACAUUGUCCUACAGCAAGGAGAACAAAGGUUAAUACACAAGAUCAUUGACCUGGGGUAUGCUAAGGAGCUGGAUCAGGGCAGUCUAUGCACUUCCUUCGUUGGGACGCUGCAGUACCUGGCUCCAGAGCUGCUGGAACAGCAGAAGUACACAGUGACGGUGGAUUACUGGAGCUUUGGCACACUGGCAUUUGAAUGCAUAACAGGUUUCAGACCAUUUUUGCCCAACUGGCAGCCUGUGCAAUGGCACACAAAAGUGCGACAGAAGAGCGAGUUGGAUAUUGUUGUCUAUGAAGACUUGGCUGGAGAAGUGAAAUUUUCUAGCAGUUUACCAUAUCCCAAUAAUCUAAACAGCAUUUUGGCUGGGCGGCUGGAGAAAUGGCUGCAGCUCAUGUUAAUGUGGCACCCGCGGCAGAGAGGGACAGACCCUGUUUAUGGACCCAAUGGCUGUUUCAAGGCAUUGGAUGAUAUACUGAACCUAAAGCUGGUUCGCGUCCUAAACAUGGUUACGGGCACUCUGCACAUGUACCCUGUGACAGAAGAGGAAACCUUGCAGACUGUGAAGGCCAGGAUUCAGUCAGAUACUGGUAUUCCAGAGCAGGAGCAGGAGCUCUUGCAGGAGGCAGGGCUUGCACUAUACCCUCAAAAAUUGGCUAUUCAGUGUAUGGCUGACAGCAAGGUGAAUGACGCCACGGACACAGACCUCCUUUUCCUUUUUGACAACCGUAAAGUUGCCUAUGAGAGGCAGAUCUUCCUGCGGCCUCAUCCAGAAAGUGUUGACUGCAUCCUUCAGGAUCCAAAGAAGAAUCUGUCCUUCUUCCAGCUACGGAAGGUGUGGGGUCAGGUCUGGCACACGAUUCGGACUCUGAAGGAGGAUUGUAACCUGCUUCAGCAGGGGCAGCGAGCAGCCAUGAUGAAUCUGCUGCGUUACAAUAGCAAUCUCUCCAAGAUGAAGAAUUCCAUGGCCUCCCUGUCCCAACAGCUGAAGGCAAAGCUGGAUUUCUUUAAAACCAGCAUCCAGAUUGACCUGGAGAAGUACAGUGAGCAGACAGAGUUUGGAAUCACCUCUGAGAAGCUGUUGUUUGCCUGGAGGGAUAUGGAGCAGGCUGUGGAGCUUUGCGGGCGGGAGGAGGAUGUGGAUCAGCUGGUGAAGAGGAUGAUGGCCCUGCAGGCAGACAUUGUGGACCUGCAGAGAAGCCCACUAGGGCGGAAGCAAGGGGGCACCCUGGAGGAUUUGGAAGAACAAGCCAGAGAACUUUACCGGCGACUGAGGGAGAAGCCAAGAGACCAGAGGACCAGUGGUGACAGUCAGGAAAUAGUGCGACUGCUCCUGCAGGCAAUCCAGACAUUUGAAAAGACAGUCCGUCUAAUUUAUGCUCAGCUCAGUAAGACAGUAAUUUGCAAGCAGAAUGCACUGGAAUUGUUCCCCAGAGUGGAGGAAGUGAUGAACCUGAUGAAUGAAGAUGAGAACACAGUUGUCAGGCUUCAGGAAAAACGACAGAAAGAAUUAUGGAACCUGCUGAAAAUAGCUUGCAGUAAGGUGCGUGGUCCUGUCAGUGGCAGCCCAGAAAGUAUGAAUGCAUCACGGCUUAGUAACCCAGGUCAGCUGCUGUCGCAGGUCCCAGCUGUAACUUACAAUUUACCAGAAUCUAUCAAGAAAAGUGAGGGACUACUGAUGGAAUCUCAGAAUCUCUGCAGCCAGUUAGAAAGUGUGAUGCAUGACACAAUGAAGGAUCAGGACCAGAGCUUUAUGGUAACUUCUAUCACUUUAAACCAUAAGCAUACUUUUGGGAGGAGUGCUGGCCAAGUAAUAUUGUGGAAGCCAAAGGGCUGCAAGAAGUUUUGAAUAGAUUUCUAACACUCUGCAUACACUAAUAAUUAAAAUGGCAGAAAGAGACCUCAUUCCCUAUACAAAAUGGGGUUACUGAAAUAAAUAUUACAAGAAACUUCUAGUGUUUAAGUAAACCCAGAAAAAAUGUACAUCCCUUCUCCUGUAAGUUUUUCCCCUUAGGCAAUACUUAAUUUUUUUUUUUUGGUAUAAAGUUUCAAUGCCAAAGAUGUGCUUAUAGUAUUUUCCUCUAAGAAAAUCCAGUAGCUUUGCUUUGGGUUGGGAAGAUGGUAUCUAAACUCUAAUUAGUGAUUCUGCUUCAUUUUUAGUCUCUGGAUUGGAGCUGGUUGCAGCUUGAAGGGGAAGACAGAAAUAACCCAGAACAAACCCAGAUGUAAAAAUCACUUCAGGCACAGCUCAAGCCAGAUAACAUUUUUUACAUGAGGAGUUUAAGCCUGACAGGUUACUGCACAUGAAAAUGAAAUCCCUUGCCUUCUAUUUAUACUGCCAUCUAGUGGUUACACUGACAUGUAUUCCUAUUUUUAAGGAAAGCUGGCAGCCUAAUGUUAAGACACAAAUUUUGAUCACUCAUUGCUGUUUCUCCCCUCACAAACAUACAGCAUCUGGGUAAGAAAUUGAUGAGAAAUGCCUUACCCUAUACAACAGCAACUGAAGAUACUUUGUCAUCUUCCACCACUCCCAUCCAGCUGCUGAAUCCACCUGCUGUGCUACCUUUCCCUUUCUGGAAAUCAAACUCCUUGCUGAAUAGUAGACAGUGUGUGUCUACAAGUAAUCUUGGCUGAAUGCCUUUUCCUGACAUUUAUGAAAAAGUACUGAAUUUACAGAUUUGGCUAACCAUGCUAGGUUGCACUUUUUCUCAAGUGUAAUGUCUGUACUUACCUAAUACUUGUUUCUGGUAUGGGAACGAACUAUCUGAAAUAUGUAAACUUUUAGUUUGCUCUAUUUGAAUGUUAAAUAAAAUUUUAAAGGAGAAAUAUUUUUCACUAUACAAGUAUGUAAUAAAGUUUGAGUUAGUC